GGGUAACCACCGCGUGAACAAGUCAGCAGGAAACUCUGCUAGUUUGGAUAUCCAUCGGCUAUUAAAAGUUUUCAGCGGCGCCAUGCCGCUUUUGCAACAGGAUAACGGUCGUGGCGGCGGUUCAAGAGAGAACCGUCGCUCUUUUGCGGAGUUUUUGGGAUUCGAUGCGUCUCAGCUUACAGAACCAGCAGCGGCUCCAAGGGCCUCUCGCAGUAAUGAAGGCGAAGAGUGGCAUUGGGACACGCCGGCGAGCCCGGAGGCAGCGCCCACUCCCCGCUCGCUGGUGCCGUCUGCUUGCUUCCCGCCACGGCACCCGACGGCUUUCACAAGCUACAGUGAGCGUGCGCGUCCCGGCAGUUGGGCUGAGGAACCGUCCAGCCAAGGCAUUACCGACCUUGUCGCUAGCCUGAAGGCUCUGACGAUGCCUCCCAAGAAUAUCACGCACACGCCCGGCCGGAGUUGUGACUCGCUGCACACUUCUGUCACUACCUCAUAUCACACAACGGUUGAAUCGCAUUGGUCCACGGAACAAAAUCCAACAGUUACCCGGAAAAAAGAGCUGUUACCUCGCCGUGCAUCUUUUUGUGGCGCGGUGGGCGGCGGCGAGGAGGCGGCGCUGGUGUGGAGCGGGCCGCUGCCGGCGCGCGCGCUGGACGGCGGCGGCGGCUACUCGCCCAAGGUGUUCCUGGGCGGCCUGCCCUGGGACAUCUCCGAGCACUCGCUCAUGCAGGCGCUCAGGAGCUACCAUCCAGUGCGUGUGGAAUGGCCCGGUCGCGUGGGCACGGUGUCGGGCUCCGGGGCGGCGGGCCCGCGGGGCUUCGCCUACGUCACGUUCGAGAACGAGCGCUGCGUGCGCGCUCUGCUGGCCGCCUCGCGCCGGAACGGCAACGAGUGGUACUUCCGCAUCUCGUCGAGGACUUGCAAGUCGAAAGAGGCGGAGGUGAUCCCGUGGAGCGUGCAGGACAGCAGCUGGGUGCGCGGCGCGUCGGCGCGGCUGCAGCCGGCGCGCACGGUGUUCGUGGGCGCGCUGCACGGCAUGCUGUCCGCGCACGCGCUCGCCGCCAUCAUGAACGACCUGUUCGCGGGCGUCGUGUAUGCCGGUAUUGACACAGACAAGAACAAGUACCCGAUCGGCUCGGGUCGCGUGACGUUCAACAACGUGCGCUCGUACGUGCGCGCCAUUUCCGCCGGAUACGUUGAGAUACGCACUGACAAAUUCACCAAGAAGGUACAAGUAGACCCAUAUCUCGAGGACUCGAUGUGUUCACUUUGCAACGUGCAUCAAGGGCCCUACUUUUGCCGGGAACCUUCAUGUUUUAGAUAUUUUUGCCGUUCCUGUUGGGCCUGGCAACACCCGACUGAUAACCACAAGCCACUGAUGCGAAGUUUCAAGACAAACCAGCCCGUUACCGCCACCAUUGGCAACGGAAAUGGAAAUGGUAACGGCAAUGGAAAUAUGCAUUGCAAUAACGGAAAUAUACAUUGCAAUAACGGAAACGGACAACGGCAAUCGCCGCACAGUGACCAAAGCAGCGUUAGUGGAUUCGGCGCACCUAAUGAUUUGACGCCAUCGCCAUCCACGAGCGCAGCGAGCGGCUCCAGCGAGCCCGCCGCGGAAGAGGUCGGCGAGUGGCCGCUGCACUAGCCCGCACACUGACACACGUCACUUUGACACCUGUCGGCUGUCAGUUUGACGCGUGGAUCUGACAGGUGUCAGGAGUCCACCUGAUGCAACCCGUCACAGCUUGUCGCGACACUUGGCGUGUCGCACGUUGUCGAGCCGCUAUUAAGUUGGGCGCUUCGCCAGCAUCCGCUUUUUAACCUAGGUUAAGGAUGAUUCCAUUUGACGUGCUUUAUGCAUUCCACUAGUAACCGCACGUCGUUGUUAAUUAUUUAAUGUUAUAUCAUUGUUGAUUUUGUAUUAUACCAAUCGGGUAUUGAAUAGUGAUUUGCACAUGCGUUCGUAGCGUUGCCUAAACUUGGCGAUUUUUAAACAAUUUUAAUGUGCCUAUCGGUUUAGGCGGUUGAAACGUUUUAAAGUUUUAAUGGCUUUUAAUAAAUUGUGAUUUUUAUAGAAUUUUAGAUCCCUACGAAUAUGCUGAUUUUAAAGUGCUUUUUUAAUUUUAAUGUAUAAAAAUGUUACUGCAAA